AAGGGGGAGGAACUAAAGUUAGCUCACAAAUUCCCCACAGGUUUUUGUCUAUGCAGAAGUGCCCGGAGUUUCUCACCCUGAGUUCUGACCUGUAAAUCUGCAAGGAAAUCUUGAGAGUUUUUCUUUUUCCUUUUCUUUCUUUCUUUCUUUUUUUUUAAAGGAGGCAGGGAGCUGUGGAUCCAUCCCAUCAUCGGAAUCCUAGCUGAGAAACAACUUGUAAUGGAGGCUUCACCUCUUGAGUUACCAGCUGACACACUUCAACGCAUCGCAUCUGAACUUAGAUGUCACCUGACAGAUGAGAGGGUUGCCCUCCACCUUGAUAAGGAAGAUAAGCUGAGGCACUUCAGAGAGUAUUUUCAUAUCCCCAAAAUGCAGGAUCUACCUGCAGUUGAUUUAUCUUUAGUGAAUAAGGAUGAAAAUGCCAUCUAUUUCUUGGGCAAUUCUCUUGGCCUGCAACCAAAAAUGGUUAAAGCAUAUCUGGAAGAAGAACUAGAUAAGUGGGCCAAAAUGGGAGCCUAUGGUCAUGAAAUAGGGAAACGUCCUUGGAUUACAGGAGAUGAGACUAUUUUAGGCCUUAUGAAUGACAUUGUAGGAGCCAAUGAGAAAGAAAUAGCCCUAAUGAAUGGUUUGACUGUUAAUUUACAUCUUCUACUGCUAUCAUUUUUUAAGCCUACACCAAAACGGUAUAAGAUUCUUUUGGAAGCCAAAGCCUUCCCUUCAGAUCAUUAUGCUGUUGAGUCACAGCUUCAACUACAUGGACUUAACAUUGAGAAGAGUAUGCGGAUUGUAAAGCCAAGAGAAGGGGAAGAAACAUUGAGAACAGAGGAUAUCCUUGAAGUAAUUGAGAAGGAAGGAGACUCAAUUGCAGUGAUCCUGUUCAGUGGGGUACAUUUUUACACUGGACAGCUCUUUAAUAUACCUGCCAUCACAAAAGCUGGACAAGCAAAGGGUUGUUUUGUUGGCUUUGAUCUAGCACAUGCAGUUGGAAAUGUUGAACUCCGGCUUACAUGACUGGGGGGUGAUUUUGCCUGCUGGUGCUCCUACAAGUAUUUAAACUCAGGAGCGGGAGGUCUUGCUGGUGCCUUUGUCCAUGAAAAACAUGCUCAUACAAUUAAACCUGCGUUAGUGGGAUGGUUUGGCCAUGAAAUCAGCACCAGAUUUAAGAUGGAUAACAAACUGCAAUUAAUCCCUGGGGUUAGUGGAUUUCGAAUUUCAAAUCCUCCCAUUUUGUUGGUCUGUUCCUUACAUGCUAGUUUAGAGAUCUUUAAGCAAGCGACUAUGAAAGCAUUGAGGAGAAAAUCUGUUUUGCUAACUGGUUAUCUGGAAUACAUGAUCAAGCAUUACUGUAACAAAGAUAAAGCAGAUACCAAGAGACCAUUUGUGAACAUAAUUACUCCAUCCUGCAUAGAGGAUCGUGGCUGCCAGCUAACACUAACCUUUUCUAUACCAAUAAAAUAUGUAUUCCAAGAACUAGAAAAACGAGGAGUGGUUUGUGACAAACGGGAUCCAGAUGGCCUCCGAGUGGCUCCAGUUCCUCUCUACAACUCUUUUCAUGAUGUUUAUAAGUUCAUCAAUCUACUUGCUUCUGCACUUGACUCUGCAGAAACCAAAAAUACCAGUGUUCUCUAGAACAACUUAAGUAGUACUAAGAGCUACUAUAUUUUAUUAUUUUUGUUCUCAUUUUAAUAAUUGGAAAUUUUUUCAAAACCAAUUGCACAUAACUGGCAAUGAAUCAUUUAGUUUGCAGAAAGAUCUGAUAUAUUUUCUCUAAAUGUCUGGGGUCUGAGGUAUCCACAUGUCUGUUCAAUUUCUCCAUGCAUGGUGGAUCAAAGUUUUCAUUGGUCCAAGUAUUAUGUAUACAGUCUUAGCUAGCUGUCACAUUUCAUGGUCAGUGAAUGUUUUAUGUUGAUUUAAUUUAUAAUUUGACUGACAACUUCAUAAUAUAUGUGCAAUUUUUUGUGUCAA